AUGGAUGAAGAUCCACCCCCCGCAGUGCCUCCGGCACCGCAGAAUCAACCUGUACAAGCCGAGGAGGCCCCCCCACAGCCGCCAACCGUGCCGGAGCUCCUCGCACGCAUUGUUGCCAUGGAAGGGUAUCUCCACCAGGAGCGCGUCAACGCCACUAUCAAGUUCCGUCGCCCUGACUCCUUCGACGGUACACGGUCUACGGCCUGGACCUUCCUACGGUCUGUGAACGACUAUCUCAACCACAGCCGCUGCGUCGACCCCAUCCAACGCAUCCAGUUCCUACUCUCGUACUGUCACGGUGGGACGGCCGGUACCUGGGCCGAUAAUAUCUCCAAGAUCCUCCGUGACCUCCAGACGGGCGUUAGGGAACCCGAGGAGGCUCCGGACUACCUUGCGUCUUGGGCCCACUUUGAAUGCCAUUUCCGCGCGGCCUUCGAAGACCCCAAUCCCGCCGCUAUGGCUUUCAACAAGCUCCGCACGCUCCACAUGGGCUCUUCAGUCGCCGAAGACUUCAUACGCCAGUUCAAGAAUCUCGCCGAGGAGGCCGGAGUCAGCAAGGACGUCUCUCUCCUUGCCACUUUCAAGCAGGCGAUCCCCACUCACUUCUGGAUCGCCCUGGAGUCCACGCCACUCGGGCCGGACACCCUCCCUGAGUGGAAGGCCGCGGUCACUCGUAUGGAUCGCUGCCUGAGGGAAGCCAGCGCCGCGCGGAAGGCUGAGGCACCCCGCCUAUGCCCUUUCCAGCUGGCAGGAGCUCCUACGGCCCCGCCUCGCCAGCCAACGCUUCCCACCUAUGCUCCCCCACUCACCGCCACUCGCCCGCAAGUCGCGGCCCCCAUCGCACCUGCCGCCCCACGCUUUGCACCUCCUCCAGGACCUCCGCCCUUGCCGCUGGGUGUUCCUAUGGACGUUGACGCCACACGUCGAGGAGGCCAGCGUGUUUGCUAUAUCUGCCGCCAGCCUGGACAUCUGGCUCGUGAAUGCCCCCAACGCGCUCAGAUCCGCGCCGUCGGACUCCCCGAGGACGUCCUGGAGCAGAUGGACCUGAUCGGGGAGAUCUGGAUGUUCUCUGCCGACAAGGAGGCGGAGCCCCUAGGAGCGCAAGAGGCUGAGGACCAAGAGGAGGAUUUGUGUAGGGUCAUCUGCAAGUGCGCUGCAAACGACCAAUAG